AUGACUCCAGAAAAAGUGUGCGUGUUUAUGAUAGUGUGGAUAGAUCCUUGCCUGCCAGUGCACCCUGCAGGAAAACCGUCUGUCGAGGUGAUGAGAGAGCAUGAGGUCAGCCUGGACAGAGAGGUGCAGAUGGAGAGAGGAUUCCUUAUAUGGGGAUUCAAGAAGGACCCUACUGAUUUUGAGUGGAGUUUUUGGAAUGAGUGGGCGUGGCAAUCUCUUUUGUGGUCUCUGAUUGGCCAUGCUGUGGUGUCCAGAUUAGCGGCUUAUUUUCUGCCUCAGUUCCGACUGGCAGUCUUAACAGUGUAUGGCGUCCUCUCAGCUGGUUGGCUUCUGGGAGUGCAGGGCUUGACUCUUUUGAUGCUGCAUCUGAGCAUCACACUGGUGGUUGCUCAGCUACGUAGCUCCAUCCUCUCAUGGGUUUGCUCCCUCCUGCUGCUCUCCACGCUCAAUGUCACUGCCUUUCAGGAUUUACAGCGUGGUUGGUACACUUCUGAGGACCAGUAUUACCUCUUGCUCUUCAGUACUGCUGUUUGUAGUUUGCACUGCAUUAGCUUUAGUCUGGAGCUGUGCUGGUGCCCCCUGCAGGCUGGAGGACCAAACCACUGCCCCCCUAUAGAGGUUAAAGGACUGAAGACCCUCAUUUUUCAGUUCUACAAGCUCACUGCCUACUGUUUCUAUCACCCUCUGUUUUACAACGGACCCAUUGUGACCUUCAGAGACUUCACUGAACAGAUAGACAGGCCAGUGUGUAAAGUCUCUGUGGUGUAUGUGUUGAGUGGAAUACUGCGUGUGUGUGUCUGGUGGUGUUUAGCCGAAUUCAUGAUCCACUUCAUGUACAUGCACGCCAUCCAGAGCAACGAAACCUACUUGGAGAUGCUGCCACCCUGGGCGCUGGGUGGUUUGGCUCUUGCAUUGGUCCAGUUUUUUUAUGUAAAGUAUCUGGUCUUGUUUGGAGUGGUGUCUCUGCUUGUCAGAUUGGAUGGGCUUGAGCCGCCCAAGUUACCACGCUGUGUCAGCAUCAUGUACAGCUUCACUGGGAUGUGGAGACACUUUGACGUGGGGCUUUACAAAUGGCUCAUCAGGUACAUAUAUGUGCCAUUGGGUGGCUCUCGCCAUGGUGUGUUCCGGAAGCUCAUCUCCACGGCGCUUGCAUUUGGGUUUGUGUGUUUCUGGCAUGGUUGCCAUGACUACCUUCAGUACUGGGCCUUGCUGAACUGGAUUGGGGUGUUGGUGGAGAACGUUCUCGCACUCCUCUUCUCCUCUCGUCCUCUUCAUCACGUUAUUGUGCGGUGUCUGUCACCUCGGAUGCAGAGGCGUGGCCUAGCACUUAUCUCCGCCCUCUCCACUGCUUUUCUGAUUCUGUCCAAUCUGCUUUUUCUGGGCGGGAUCCAUGUGGGCAGAAUCUUCUGGAAGAGGCUGUUUAUCCAAGGCUGGUCUUCUGUGGCCGUUCCAAUGGUUGCUUUUCUCUAUUGCUUUGCUCAAGUUGGUAUUGAGUGGGACAUGAGAUGACAACACCGCUCAGAGUAGAAUCGUGGGAAGGCAACAUUUCUCACAGAAAACACAGUGGUAUUUAAAGUUUUACCAUAGUUUGGACCAAUCCCAAUGUGGAUAACCAGCAUUCCUAUCAACUCCUACAAUAUCAUGUGUUUGUAUAGUAGUUAUGCUGUAUUUGGAGCACGCGUGUGUGUGUGGAAAUGAAAUCGUGUGAGUGCUCCAGGUGUGUGCUUGAUGGUGAAUCCUGUCGCUGCUUUAUUUAUGAGUUUGUCUGAAC